AUGAACGAUAAUUUCUCUGAUUCCAAUCAAAAUCAGCCUUUAUUCUUCAAUAACUCCACAUCAGCUCAGCAUCAGACCCCAGCAAAUCCAGCCAACAACAACAACAACAACAACAACGGUAAUAAUAACAACAAUAACAACGGAAGCCGAAAUGAGAGCGGCACUGCGAUUGCAGCGAUCAGUAACACCCGAACUCCUACAACAAGCAAUUCCAUCAACGGACAUGAGGGACAAAGUAAUACGCAGAUGAAUCCCAGUCGCAAUAAUAAUGCAAACCUAUCAGCUAGUCUUCCUCGACUGUCACACAAUACAUCGACAAACUCUCCAAACAGCCUCAAUCACCAUGCAUCGUCAAUUGGCGACCAGCAUACUAUCAAUGAGGUGUAUCUGCUCAUUGUGCAACUACAACAGCAAAAUUCUACAAAUAACCAGAUGUUGAUGAAGAUGAAUUACAUGUCGGAAUUGUUGGAGCAGAUUCACCAGAACCUACGUGAUCUAAACCACCAAGUGAUGUUUGCCAUUCAGAAUAGUGCUAAUGGCAGUGGAAAUGGCGGUGCAGCAGGAGCAAACAUGAUCCAUGCUAUGGGGGGUGAACUAGGCAACCAAUUCAAAACAUUUGAAAUCUUUUCUAAGCAUUUGAACAAACUCAAUAAGGAAAUGCAGGAAAUAGCCAAUGGCCGGAGCUCCAACUUGCACGGGUUGAAAAAUCAAGGACAAAAUAGCAACCAGUCACUGCCGCAGCCACAACCGCAACCACAAUCGCAACAGCAACAGCAGCAGCAGCAGCAGCCACCACCACCUCCCCCACUGCUGCUGCUGCUGCAGCAUCAAAAUGGACACCCACCACUUCAGUCUCAACACCAUCAUUUGACUGGUUCCUCAAGUAAUGCUCAACAGGGAGUUCACAGCUCGCACUCAAACCAACCCCAGGGCCACAAUAGUGGUUCGUUUGAAGAUGAGGUUGAUCUCUCCAGGAAAAACAUGGUGUUGAGGUCCCCUGCAACGGGAUCCAACACCACUUCACCGUAUGUUUUUGAACUUGGAUCGUUCCCGUCGCGGACCAACUUGAAUGGCAACAUGAUGUAUGACAAAUCACCAAUGGCGCAAACACAAGUGCCCGCUUCUCUACAGCAGUCGAAAAGGGGCAAGCAAAACAAAAGCUCGAUGGCGUCGCCAGCAACCACCCAGGCGACUUCAACUCAGCAACUGUCUUCAACGCAGCGAUUACCACUUUUGCAGCAGCCAAUUCAAGCUUCACAAAAUAGCAGCUCGUAUCCAAAUUCUUACAUGCUACCCAUGCCUCCCUUGUUGUCUGAAGACAAGGGCAACAUGAAUGACCCUUCGUCCCAAUUUAUGCUGAAUGGUAACAUGAUGACUUCAGCGUUGAGGCAGCAUCAAUCUUCGCACACGAGAACUUUACAGGCGCCCGCCUCUUCCUCAACUUUUUCAUUCGACGACAAUGACAUUGACCAAAGCAUAGAUGAGUUGGAGCAGCAAACCGGUUCAAGUCCCAGCUCUCACAAUGCAUCGAACUCAUCGCACGUGCAAAGCGACGGCAAAGUUUACAAUCCCAAGAGAAGGAAAACAAGUCAGGAGGGAUUGAAACCCCCUGCGCAUGCAACUGACGCGCCGCAAUACAAGCUCGAAAGAAGUUUAAAGGCCCUAGAAGACAUUUGGAAAGAAUACGCGUACGGCCUCAACGAUAAGCCGCCUUUGAAGACACUCGAAACCAAAUACGGAACCAAGUGGAGAAACGAAACCGAAUCACGAACUUUUCUCCGGAGGAAGAAGAUCUACGAGGCCAUUGAAAUUGGGAAAAGCAAAGGGUAUAGCGAAGAUGAAGUGAUUCACGAAUUGGAGACGUAUCGAAGUUACGAUCGAAAUGGGACCAUCAAGAAGAAACCACUACUGUGGCUUAGUGCCAACAUGCCUGAAAAAUUCAAUAAUCCAGCUACAGAUUGA